AUGAGAUCACUAAGGCUCAGGUGGGUCAGGAAGAUCAUUUGCAAGGAAAUCUCAGCCAAAAUCAUUUUUGAGGAGGACCAGUGUCUUCCUCUCCAUGACAUUUCCCCUCAAGCAACAACACAGUCUCUGGUGAUACCUAAGAAGCCUAUAGUCCAGAUUUCUGUAGCAGAAGACAAUGACAAAAAUCUUGGACAUUUAAUGAUUGUUAGCAAGAAAAGUGCUGCUAAUCUGGGCCUGGAGAAGGGUUAUCAAAUGGUAGUGAAUGAAGGCUCACAUGGGGAGCAGUCUCUCUAUCAUGUUCAUCUUCAUGUUCUUGGAGGUCAGUAG